AAUCCACCCGGCAGAUUCAUUUUUUGUUUGUUUUGAUAAUUUAAUUAAAACGUGACUGUAAAAUCAACGUAUAAUUAAUUAAAUAUAAAUUAGGUACCAUGGCAGAUUCAGAUCUAGCUGAGCUAAGAAAACAAUGCAUGCAAAGUCUUUAUUUGUGUACGGACAACGUGUCUAAAUAUUUGGACGAUGAAAAAGAGGCCGAAUUUAGGAAACUGAAGUCCUAUGUCGAAGGGUACUGUUUACAGGAAGCCCAACAAGAUGUAGCUAUUCAAGCCUUGGAGAAAGCUAAGAGAGAGACGGACAACUCAAACUUUGACACAUUGCAAGACAGAUUCAAUGCCAACUUGUGCAGCAUGGCGGGCAAAAGGCUGAAUGUAAACAAUCAUCCAUACAUGUUGGAGUUGACCAAACGCUAUCAGAAAGGCAUGGAACAAUCCAGACAAAAUAUGGAUGAUUCAGACUUGGCCAUCACAGAAUCACAGGACCAAUAUAUUGACCCAAUCACUAAGAGGCCCAUAGUCGACCCAAUGAAAAACUCAGUGUGUGGACAUGUUUAUGAAAAACAAUCUAUUAUGGAACUUAUCAAGAGGAAAGCUUCUGCAAAAUGCCCAGUGGCGGGCUGCGGCAAUAGAGGCCCCAUGGGUAGCCAGCUGAUUUCGGACGAAGAGCUGCGCUUCCGCCUGGCCAUCACGCAGCAGUCCACCAUGAUCCAGGAGCACUCAAUCAUGCACUUGGACGAGACCAUGUAGACGGCUUAUGGUAUCUCUUUCUCAUAUUAUUUUUGUUAUGGUCACAGCAUCAAAUCAGUACUCAAAGGUCUCUUUCAAAUAACACGUUUUAGGUAAGUCGUCAUUGUAUUUUUUUUUAUGCAACAAUGCAGGUAUUUGACCACAAUCGCACCUGAUGCUAAUGAAUGACAACAAUAUUAGUAUAAAAAUGACUUACCAACAGUUAUUGUGUGGUCAUGCGUUUACGUCUGUUCAAAACGUUUUAUUUGAAAGAUCCCUAAAGUUCGAGCAUUGGUGCGGCAUGCACUGUCACUUACUUUUUUCUGCUGCACCUUUCAAGUGGCCCGGCCUUUAAUUAAAGUUCGUUUACUUUAAAGAAAAUAUUUAUUUAAUUUAAAAUAUGUUUUGGAAUACAUUGACUUGGCUAUAUCUUCAUAAAACAUCGUGAUGUUUUCACUUGCAUUUAAUUAAGUUUUUAGAUAAUAAGAUGAUCUUAGAUUAACGAUUAGUACAAAUAAGGUACAUAUUAAGCUAUAUUUUUGUGAUAUAGUUGUAAAAGAUUAAAAUAAAGUUGAUUUUAAUAAUUAGUA